AUGGCAUCUGACCAAGCGACUGAUACACUUGCCAAGAUUACAAAAGAACUUACUUGUUCCAUUUGUACAUGCAUUCUUGACGAUCCCAGUGCCUUACAUUGUGGCCAUUCAUUCUGUGGAGCGUGUAUUCAUGCAUGGUUAGGAAACUCGAAAACCUGCCCCAUGUGCCGCGUACAGAUUGUUCGACAACCUGUACAUAUAAACACAGCUGAUCUAAUACGGCCUACACCAUCUUCGAGAAAGAGAUUGAUCCGUGAAAAUUGGGUCGCAUUAUUCCCUAUAGAAAACAAUAUCACCUUUAUUGUGGAUGAGGAUGAGGAUGGCAUCGUUCAUCGUUGUUCCCAAUGCUCCUGGGAGCUAUCAGAAGACAAUUACUGCGUGCGAUGUAAUAUACAAUACGAUGGUGCCUUGCCCAUACGGGACGCUUCAGAGAGAGGCGGAUCCGACAUUGAUUCUGACAUGAACGAGUCCGAAUCAAACUUGGACAGCUUUGUUGUGAGCGAUGAUGAAGUGGAAUUUGAUGACGAUGCGCCUAGUAGCUUUGUCACGCGGAAUAGUAGACGCUAUACAAUUGACGAUCCAGAUGACGAAUCAUUGAGUGGUGGCCUUUCACCAACACACAGUAAUCCGCCAUCAGCAGUGGGCACAAUCGAGAUCAGUGAUGACGAAGAUGUCCCUUCACCUCCAACAAGAUUGAAUCGCAAACGUAGAUUUAUCCUUGAUAGUGACGAAGAAAGUGAUAACGACGUGAUCCAAUACCUCAGUGACAGUGGAACGCCUGAUAUCAACGAAGACCCUUCUGAUAGUGAAGACAAUCUAGACGAAGUUGAAUACAGAAACGCGCCGAGACAUAUAUACUCUCGACCGGAUAUUUCAGAUGAUGAAGAUAGCGAUUUCUACGAGGAUGAUUUCCCUGAAGAUCCAUUCACAAGACCGUCAGACGUUUCUCGAUUCAUUGACGAUGCAGCAGAUGAAGAUGACGAAGAGGAGGAUACAACGCCGCAGCGCCCACAAAAAAUAGACUCCAUUACAGAGACCAUCAACAGAGCCAGAAACCAAAUGGUGCAAAACAAGACAAGCAGUAACAAUGUAAGCAAUGCUGCGGUUGUUGAUAGUAGUAGUAGCAGCAGCAGCAGUAGUAGUGACGAUGACAGCGAUGCCCCUGACUACGAAUUCAUGAUUUCACAGCCUUCAUCAUCUACAUCAGCAGCACCGCCAGUGCAACCAAAGCCACAAACAGAAGAAAGGGAGGCUUUAUCGGCAGCUGUAGUAGCAUCCAAGAAUAAAUUAAAGGAGAAGCGUAAACGAGCCAAAAAAAACAGAAAGAACAGAGCAAAACAGGCUAAAAAGAAGCAUAAGUCUAGCGAAUAG